CACGUUGACCAAUGAAUACUGUUUCUUCGAAUUCUGCUCGCUAAUUUUAAGAAAUGAACUCUGAACAAAGUUCAGAAUCAUAAGUGACCUUUGAAGGACUAACAUAUUUCCAUGAAGAUGAAGGCCUGUGAGCUCAGUAUUAUAAAAUAUAUUUUGUUCGUGUUCAACUUAGUUUUUGCGCUAUCAGGAGUAGGGCUCAUAAUUGCUGGUGCAGUUGUUUUAUCAGAUGUGGGUGAAUUCAGUCAUUUCUUGGAGGGAAGACUUUUAGCUCCACCUGUGGUUUUGAUAGUUGUUGGUUGCAUAGUUUUUUUUGUUGCUUCACUAGGAUGCUAUGGAGCUAUCAGGGAAUCCUAUUCUAUGCUCAUGGCGUUUGCCCUCUGUUUAUUGGUUAUACUGAUAGCCGAAUUAACAAUCGGCAUUGUUGCUGCAGUCUACAAGGGAGAUUUUGAGAAUGCAAUGAAGAAUAUCAUGAAAGAUUCAUUACAUUCUUACAACGAAAGUACUUCAGAUAAAAUUGCUUGGGAUAACAUUCAAAAGAAGUUGAAAUGCUGUGGUGUAACAGGACCCAUAGAUUGGCCAGACAAAACAAGACCUUUGAGCUGUUGUCAUGCAAUCAGGGAAGGAUCACCUCCACCUCAAGAUUUUCACUGUAGAGAUGCGCAACCCAAAGAUGAGAUCCUUUAUUCAAAUGGCUGUUUUGGAGAACUGAAAAUUAAAGCUGAAUCGUCAGCUAACAUUCUUAUGGGUGUAGGAAUUGGAAUUGCAUUUGUUGAGGUCAUUGGAAUACUUCUCGCUUGCUGGUUGGCAUCUGCAAUUAAGAAUAGAGAAUAAUGAGUCAUUUGGAAUAGGUACCUAUAUAUUUCGUAAUGAACUUCCAAAUUUAUUUUGUUACAACCUACAAAUUUUAAAUCAAUGGUAUUCAGUUUGAAGAAAAACGAAAAAAAUGAUUAUUCCAUCAAUUAUAUUUUAAAUAUAUUAUUAUUGAAAUGAUUAAAAUAUAAACCAUACAUUUUGAAUACUUGAAAUUGAAGAAAAAUAUGAUAAUAUCAUAAAUAAGUUAAAGAAACACAUUUCUAUACAGCUUAUUUGUAGUAAUAGUUCAGUAGGCUUCCAAAUAUGUCUUUCAAUGCUUUUUUCCAUCAGUCACUUAAUUAUCUCUUAGAUGGACGCUUCAUACAUUUAAUUAUAUGUGGAUAUUUUUAUCGAACAUAAAAUAUGGAAUAGAAAGAGAUAUUUUAAUGUUAGUUUUUUGUUAUGAAACUAUGUGUACUGAAAUCAUUUUUUGAUAUUAGAAUAAUUACACAGAAAUUUUUCGAAAAUUUCAUUUUUAUUGAUUUGCCAGCUAUCUGAACAUAGUUUAGUUGAAAAAAGUAUAUUUAUUGUUGAUGAGAUUUAUUACUUGUUGAAUUAUAGAAGAUGCUUUAUGUAGAUGUAAAUAUAUUAAUGUAUAUUGUAAUGAAUGAAAAAUGAAUCUAUCUACUAUUUGUU